CCAGUCAUUUGACAGCUUCUCCUCUCGAGUUAUGUAUUACAGUGACCCCUUCACCCUCCUUCAAGCGCUCCCUUCCACGCGUCCCAGCCGUCAGUUUGCUGCACACUGCUCUUCAGACAAGCCUACCGUAUCGGCAGCAUGGACGGAGGUGAUCUUAUAUUGCGGAGAGUGUGUUGGCAACAAGGUGGCGCGUCCGAAAGUCGCUCGUGGAGUGUUGAGUUUGGAAGACUGUAAGGCAGUGGUGGUACUUCAUGCAAUGAUCGAGCUGCCUUAGUACGCAGGUCAGGAGUC